AUGACCAACAUCUCCACGGUGGCUGAAUUCCUCCUCCAGGGGUUCUCUGACAUCCGGGAGCUGCAGCUGCUCCAUGCCACACUGUUCCUCCUUGUCUACCUAGCGGCCCUUCUGGGGAAUCUCCUCAUUGUUGCUGUCACCACCCUCGACCAGCGUCUCCACACCCCCAUGUACUUCUUUCUCAAGAACUUGUCCUUCAUAGACCUCUGCUACAUUUCUACCACGGUACCCAAAUCCAUUGUCAACUCCUUGACCGGUGACAGCUCCAUCUCCGUUCUGGGUUGUGUCUCGCAGCUCUUCCUAGUGGUCUUGUUUGCCAGUUCAGAGUUUUAUGUCCUCACCGCAAUGUCUUAUGACCGCUAUGCUGCCAUCUGCUCCCCCCUCCGCUAUGAGCUCAUCAUGAACAAAACAGCCUGUAUAUGCAUGGCAGCAGCAUCAUGGCUCAGUGGGGGUCUGCUUGGGGUCUUGUUUUCAGCUUCUACCUUCUCCCUGACCUUCUGUGGGUCCAAUGCCAUCCAGCAGUUCUUCUGUGACGUCCCCCCUCUGCUGAAGAUCUCCUGCUCUGAAGUCCACAUUGCCAUUGACGUGAGUGUGGCUGCUGGAUUCUUCUUAGAUGCUGUAUGUUUCAUUUGCAUCAUUCUCUCCUACGUCUUCCUCUUCUCAGCUGUGCUGAGGAUCCCGUCCUCCGAGGGCCGAAACAAAGCCUUCUCCACCUGCCUGCCCCAUCUCACUGUCAUCAUCAUUUUUCUCUUCACCGGAGCAUUUGCCUAUCUCAAACCACCUGCAGCCUCGCCCUCGGCUCUGGAUCUGCUGGUUUCCAUGUUCUACACUGUGGUGCCCCCCACUGUGAACCCCCUUAUCUACAGCCUGAGGAACAGGGACCUGAAGGCUGCCCUGGGCAGGUUCCUCAAGGGGAACCUGUCCGUCAUAGACCUCUUCUACAUUUCUACAACACUAUUUGUCCUCACUGCAAUAUCCUUUGACCACUAUGCCACCAUCUGCUCCCCUUUGCGUUAUGAGCUCAUCAUGAACAAAACAGCCUAUUUCUUCUGUGACGUGCCCCCUAUGCUGAAGAUCUCCUGCCCUGAGGACCACAUUGCCAUAGAUGUAAGUGUGGUUAGUGUGAUAGUCUUAGAUGGCAUCUGUUUCUUUUUCAUCAUCUUCUCCUAUGUCCGCAUCUUCUUAGCCAUGCAUGGUUCCAGUGAAGGGUUUGGAGGAGAGAUGUUUUUGCACUUCUUCAUCUUUUCUUAG